AUGUCGUCGUCGAUUUCGGUGAGCUCGAGCACGAGCACGGAGCGCAAGGUCGAUCCACGCGUGCUCGCUGCUGUCCAAAAGGCAUCGCCGCCUCGACCGGCGGUGCUCAACCCGUUGCUGCGAAUGCUCGUCUUCCAGGUGUUCUUCCUGUCCACAUCGCUCGUCAAGAUCCCUUGGUACCUGCUGCGCUCCAUCAUCCCACGCUUCCGCCUCAACCCAAACUGGAGCUUUGCCACGGCGGCGUACAUCCUGGUGGUGCGACGCGUGAUGCGCAAUCUGAUCCGCUUUGGCGUGCAGCCCAUCGCGCCGCGCAAGGGUGGACUGCGCGACCGCAACCACUUCCUCGGCACCUUGGUCGCGUGCCUCAACCUGUCGGGCCCGGGCGGCUCGGUGGUGCUUGCCAAGCAGAGCAUCAAGGCGCUCAAGCUCGACGCCAAGCACGGCCGCGCCGACAAGGUGUGGAUCCCCCCUGCGGGUCCCGAGUACCUCGACGGCAUCCUGGCCGUCAAGACGAGCCCCAACGACAAACGCAGGAUCACCACGGACGCCUACACCGGUCCGCCGCUGCUGGAUCCAAAGUGGCUCAAGUGGAGCGUUCGCGCGCUCUGGUUCACCCACAAGCCCGAGAUUGUGCCUCCGCAGCCUCGCGCGACCACCAAGCCCAGCCGCCCGGUGAUCUGCUACUUCCACGGCGGUGCGGGUGUCACGUUCAACGCCGGCGAUGUGCACAUGGGAAUGAACCUCGCCAAGACGUUCGCCCGCAACGCGGGCAUCGAUCUCUUCUCGGUCGACUACAACCUGGCGCCGUUUGCGCCGUCACCGGUGCAGCUGUACCAGGCCUUGUCGGCGUACCUGUACCUGAUCAACGAGCUCAAGUACUCUCCGGAGCAGAUCUACAUUGGCGGUGACAGCCACGGCGCUUGGAUGACGCUGCAGCUGGAGCGCUACCUGCGCUCGUACAAGCACGUCGUGUUUGACGAUCCAGCGUCGUUCAAGAUCCCUGGCCUGGUGCUGCUGUCGCCGUGGAUCGCGCCCGAGGACCUGUCGUUCAAGAGCCGAGAGAAGAACGUCGACACGGACAUCAUCGCGCUGAGCUACGAGGACUGGGGCGUUUCGGCGCAGGGACUCAAGAAGCUUCCGUAUCCGCUGUCGGACGCGUGGAGCACGCACUCGAACAAGUCGAUCGGCGAGCUGGCCGCCAUGCCGCCGUGCUUCAUCGCCAACGGUGGUGGCGAGACGCUGCUCGACGAAGGCACGCACUUUGCCAACCUGCUGCGCAAGGCCAAAAAUCUGCCGACGUCCACUUCGAGCCAGCGCAUCGUGCUGAGUCCCGGCGAGCUCAACUGCAAGGUGGUGCACCACGUCUACCCGCACGAGGUGCACGACUACUUUACCGUCGACACCGAGGUGGCCAACGCGAUCAAGGUGUACAAGCAGAUCGGCACGUGGAUCAAGUUUACCCAGACGCUGCUCUGA